GUUAUGAUAUAAUAAUGAAAAAUAAUUAUUGAUAUAAUUUAAUAAUUCAUGUAAAUAUAUAUAUGUUGUAAUUAUAAUUACUGUGUAAUUUAAUACUAUUAUAUGUUUAAAAUUAAAGUUUAAGUAUUGCUUAAAGAAAAGUCUUCAUGCUCUUAUUAUCAUGAAUGUAUUUUCUCAAAAUUCUACAUAUACGUUUUGAUUAUUGAAAAUCAUUUAAUCAUUUAAUUGUAAAUUAUUUUAAAAAAACUGAAAAUUGAGAUAUAAUAUUAAAGUGUCAGAAAUACACGAGUAAUUAUGUUAAAAAAACCGCGUGUGUAAUGUAGGGUUAUAACAUUUCAUGUUAACAAAUACAGAUAUUACUUGGUAAAUUAAUCCCUGAUUAAGUUAAUCGAAGUUCGGUCGAAGUAAUCCCUAAUCUCCUGCCGACUGCUAAUGAUAAGGUGCUAUGUACAUUUGUCAAUAUUUGUAUUGACGUAUAAUCGCGAAGCUGUCAACCCGAUCAGCUGCAGUGUGACGUUGCGUACGAUUUUUUCCCGGAUCCCAGAUGGUCGACAAUCACGAUGUAUGUACAUACGUUCUAUCUAGAUGCGAUGCAUGUAUUUCGAAUGCGCGCGUAAACCGUCACGGUUUUGUGUAUUGCAACUCUGUGAUAUUAUACAUACAAAUUUAUUUAUAUUUGUGUGGCGUUGAAAUUGCAUAUAAAAAAGUUCCAAUUAAAAUUCCGUUGUACUGACGUGCGAUCGCGAAAAGAAUCCAAGGAGGAAAAAGAACAGACCAAAGAGAUGGAGAGACAGAGAAGGAGAGCGCGAACGCGAGUUGCGGAAGAGAGAGACAUCCAAUUGGUUUUCCUCCGUGCGUCGUCGGAUCGGCGGCAGGUUGACGUGCCCCGAAUCGAAGGAGGCGCCAUCGUUGUCAGCAGCGCGAGGACCUCGAUUAUGAGGUUAUCGUCGUCAGCAUCGCGGACGUGAGAAUCUCGACAUUGUCGUCACCGCCGUCGCCGUCGUAGUCGUUGCGUCCUCUCCUUACGGCGAUGGAGCGCGCGUAAUUUCCACGGCGACGAUGCCGCGUAAUGUCGACGGCUCUCCCUUACGGCCGGUCACCACCAGCUCCAGCGCGCGUCAGCACGCCAGUGCUCGCGGAACGUCGGCCGCGCCGUCCACGCCGCCGCCGCCGCCGUCGUCGUCGUCGUCGUCGCCGUCGCCGCCGCUCCGCCGCGACAUAUGAUUCAUAACGACCAAGCGGGGGGUUGUCUUCAGGAACAGAGGCCAAAUUUUAUACAUUCGGAGAUGCUAGAAGUCGGUUUGCGAGUUGUUCGUGGCCAGGAUUGGAGGUGGGACGAUCAGGAUGGCGGCGAAGGUCACGCCGGGACCAUCGUGGAGAUUGGUAGACCUCCCUCCACGGGUAACUCUACCUCCAGUCCGAAUCCUACUGAUCGAACGCCAGACAAGACGGUAAUCGUUCAGUGGGAUCACGGCGCAAGGAGUAAUUAUAGAAUCGGAUAUCAGGGUGCUUACGAUCUGUUGGUGUUCGAUAAUGCGGCCGCCGGUGUCAAGCAUUCCAAUAUUAUCUGCGACGGUUGCAAGAGGCACGGAAUAAUCGGCAUUAGGUGGAAGUGCACAGUGUGCUUUGACUAUGAUCUCUGCACGCAGUGUUACAUGGCCGACGUACACGAGUUGACUCACACUUUUGAGAGAUAUCAAACUGCGAAUUCUAUAGGAGUUUGUUUGGGACCGAGAGAAGGUUGCAUGAAGAUACCGCUGAAAGGGAUCUUCAUAGGAGCAAAAGUCAUUCGCGGACCGGAUUGGGAGUGGGGAAAUCAGGAUGGCGGACGUGGGAAAACCGGCAGAGUCAUGGACAUACGCGGAUGGGAUAACGAGAGUAGUCGAUCUGUUGCGACCGUCACGUGGUCGACGGGCAGCACUAACGUGUAUCGAUUAGGCUUUAAAGGAUGCGUGGAUCUGUGUUACGUGGAGGAGGCGAAUGCCGGUACUUAUUACAAGGAGCAUCUUCCGUUACUCGGCCAACCAGUUUUGACCGUACCGGAUAACGGAAACAGCACGACGCCGACGAAGAGCGGUGCCGCCAACGUCACGUCUAGUCCACACCCUCUAACGUUUAACGUUGGUGAUAAGGUGAAAGUGCUAAUGGAAGUCGAUACGUUAAAGGAAAUGCAGGACGGUCAUGGCGGAUGGAAUCCGCGCAUGGCUGACUACAUAGGAAAGAUUGGCACAGUACACCGGAUUACGGACAAGGGAGAUAUUCGCGUGCAGUAUGAAGGCUGCCACAAUAGGUGGACUUUUCAUCCGGGUGCUCUGACGAAAGUCACCGCUAAGGACGCAUUCUCUCUAGGCGAUGUAGUCCGCGUGAAGAGUGAUUUGGCCGCUGUCAAGCAAUAUCAACGUGGUCAUGGUGAAUGGAUAGAUGUCAUGAAAAAUGCUCUGGGAAAAACCGGGAAGGUAAUUAAAAUCUAUUCCGACGGUGACUUGCGCGUGGCGCUAGACGUACAUGGUCAAACAUGGACAUUUAAUCCUCUGAGUGUCGUUCCGGUAUCUUCUGUCUCAAAUGCCACGGCUAUUGCACAUGAUAAUGCAAACAGGAGUAGGGAUCGCUCGGUCGAUGGUACCGAUAGCGAAGUGGAGAAGUUGUUAAGAGACGCGGCUAGAGGCGAAGCUGGAGUGGAUGCAGUACGGGAAUUCCUCAAAAAGUAUCCUGGUAGGGUAGACGCAUGUGCUCCUGGUGGUGGCAGGAAAACGUGUCUGCAAGUGGCUGCGCAUCAAGGUCAACGUGAGCUUUGCACUCUUCUUCUAGAUGCCGGUGCUUCUCUACGCGCAAUCGAUGAGGAUGGGGAUACGCCCUUACAUUAUGCGGCAUUCGGCAAUCAGCCGGAAAUAAUGGAUCUACUGUUAUCGCGGGGUGCGUCUAUUAAUGCCGUCAAUAAUGGUAGAUGUAGCGCUUUGCACGUGGCGGUUAACAAACAACACGUGCAAUGCGUGAAAGUGCUGCUGCGUUAUCACUGCGACGUCAAUCUCCAGGACUCAUACGGUGACACGGCGUUACACGAUGCGAUCGGGAAGGAUGCGCUAGAUGUGAUUGACGCAUUAUGCUCCUGUGAGAGAGUUGACUUUACAUUGAGAAAUAAACGAGGCUUCAACAUUCUACAUCACGCCGCUCUCAAAGGCAAUGCUCAUGCAACGGAGAGGUUGGUUUCGCGCGCGCGUCAUUUGGUAGACGUGAAAAAGGAGGACGGAUUUGCAGCGCUGCACCUGGCGGCAUUGAACGGGCACAGGGAAGUCGCAGCUAUUCUUCUCUCGCAGAACGGCGGUCGCGCCAAGGUGGACUUACGCAACAAUCGACGGCAAACGCCGUUGCACUUGGCAACUUCACAGGGACACUGGUCGCUCGUCGAGCUGCUGGUGCAUCACAAUGCGGACAUUGGUAGCACGGACGAGGAUGGCGAUUCUGUGUUACACAUCGCAAUAGCUAAGAGCCCGAAUCAACAGACUGCCGUGCCUACACCCGAAAGUAGUCGGGAUUCACCGCUUAUAUACAAUAUAUGGCAGAAUCUGGCGAGGCAAGGCGCAAAGACUGAAUUAGCAUUAGGUUGUUUCUUGGUAAGCAUGGACAGAAGCUGCAAACUCCUUGAACAUGUCAAAAAUAAUAAAGAUAAGACACCGCUGGAUCUUCUGGAAGGCAAUCCACAAGCUGCUGUGCUCGCCGAUCUCUUACGAUCUUACAAAUACCAAAGUCACAGCACGCAAUUAGAAAUAGAAAACAAUUCAUCGACCGAUUAUGUAGAGCCAUCUACGUAUCGGAUAGACAACAUAUCGCAGUCGGAAGGAUUGCGCGGAACAAAGAAUAUAGUCGGUUCCGGCGACGCUGCGGAGUGUCGAGAUUGCUCGGGGAUCAUAGCAGAUACAAAACAGGAGAACCGAAUUGAUCCAACCAGUAGUGUUACGCUCAUUGGUUGUGCACGUUGCGGCCAUACCGUUGUUAAAACGCAAACGAUUCAAGACGGUCAACUGGCGACAGGCGAAGUUUCCAUAGCCAAUUCGGAUGAGAAAUCGAAGGACGUAUCAUUGGAGGGCAAACGGAAAGAAGAGAUCGGCGACAGGGAGAAAGAGAAGGAUAAGGAUCUUGAGCGUCUACGUUAUUUGGAGACUAGAGUCGCGGAUCUCGAGGAGGCGAAUAUGUGCAGCAUCUGCAUGGAACGUCGUCGUAACGUCGCCUUUCUAUGCGGGCACGGCGCAUGCGAGCUCUGCGCCGCUCCGCUAAAGACCUGUCAUAUGUGCCGCAAAACGAUUACAAAAAAGAUCAAUUUGUAUUAGAUGAUGAUUCAUCAUUGCGCGCUUACCGGUACAUUGAUUUGUAUGCGUGUCGCGGGAGGAAAGAUUAAUAAUAAAAUGGCCCAAUUUAUGUGUCCCAUUUGAAACAAAUGGAUUCUAUCUAGUUUAGAAUGGGAGACACAAAAAUUUAUUUAUGUUGCACGUUGAGGCACAAUGGACACGGUCUGAGUGCCAGAGGUGGGACCUUGUUUGAGGACCACUCCCCGAUUCAUUAUUAUUAUUAUAUUGCACGUUCCUCUCGGGACAUUAAUUUACCCAAUGGAAAAUUCUGCCAAUCGCGUAGGAAAAUGUUCAGCAAUUCGUCGUGACAACAUGCGCUGAUGAGAUUUAACUGCCAAAAUGUAUACUCUUUUUCAUGAUCAUUUGUACGAAAGAACGAAAUAGAGACAAAGCUCUCCGUUGUAUUGCACUAGAAUCGUGCCAUAGUAAGACAGAUUUGCGCGUAAUACGAGAAUCGCGUUAGCUCGGACACGAGAUGGUUCGAUCUUACGUUAUCUUUGUUAUUUUUUUCGAGUAGUUAAAUAAUCGGUUAGUAAAAUUAAUUAUUACGAUGGUAUCUUGUGUCUUGACGAAUAUGCGCGACGUAUGAUUGUACACUAUGUACGCUUUCUUCCUCAUGAAUCGGCGUUUUUGCCUGUGCUUUAUCCCGUCCAUUUUUUAUCUAUGUUUAAAGAGAGCGCGGAUAACGAGCACGAAAAAACGAGCUUCUCAUCUCAACGUAGGAAACGCGAUCGUGCUUAUGCGACAACAAUCAUAGAAGCUCAUAGAAACGUUCGUACAUAUCGCCACAUUAUUGCGGAAAAGGAAAGAACACUGUUUUUACGUGUUCGAAAACUUAAAUUGUGCAAACUUCUGCUGCUUCAUGCGCAGUAGAAGGAAAAGGGGCACAUUUAGAUAAUUUAAUUUGUAACCGUCUCGAUUUUGAACUUAUCAUGAAAUUUUUUUAAUGAAUUUUUACUGAGCCUCUUGUUGAUUAAUUAAGAUUUAUAAACUUUGGUCAUUUUUUAAAUAUUUUAUUAACCCUUUAGCUCUCUCUACGACUGAACUGUAUCGUAGCACACACAGUUCGACCGCGAAAUGAAUCGAUAUGAUAAUCUUGCGAUUUUUUAUAUAUUUGGUUUUUAUUAUACAUGUAUACACAUAACGAAGGAGAAAUAUUGAAAUAGGAUAAUAGCGCUUCGUUUUAAAUGAUUAUUUAUAAGAAAACUAUUCUAGUGGCGCGUAGCAGCUGAAGGGUUAAUAAUACAACUUAGGAUUUUACUAUUAUAACUUGCUAUUUGCAAGAUUAGGCAUUUAAUGCGAAUCAAAUAUCGUCGCAAAGUUUUCGACGUUCUAAAGUGCACAAUUCCGGAUAAAAAAAGUAUCCGUUGAUACUUAAUUUCAAGUUGUGUGAAUCUGAUGCGGCAUUUAAAUGUAUCCCCUUUUCCCAUCGCAUUUGCGUCAUUCGAUGAAUUUCUGCGUAAUGAAUAAGGGAAACAUCCAGUCUUAUAGCCAAAUUUUCUAGGUAGAAUAAUUGUACUCGUUUGUAUAAAGUGAUUCAUUUGUGAUCGAAUGCGACAGCAGUGGAACCAAUUAAUUUUAAGCGCGCUUCCCGUCACGAACGCACCUUCUAACAAAAGGAAAGCAACGUGUUUGCAUUUAAUAAAGAAGCCGACAAUUGCCUAGAUACAAGCUUAUUAUUAACGUAAGAGGAGAUCGAGCUUUUUGAGAAUCCUCAAAUUACCAGGGAAAGAAACUAUGUGAUUUUUGGGAGAACUUUUUUUCCAUCAGUAUUAGACGUCUUGCCUUUCUAUUCAACACAACGAAAAAGCUUGUAUUCGAGGCGCCCAGAAACCUUUAAUACGAGUAAGUCGUAAGAUGUAUCCCGCGGCGAAAAAUGCGUAAUCAAUCGAUUUUUAAUCAGUCGGCUUUAACGUAACUUCUACAUUGGUGGUUUGAAGAAGCUGAAAGUGAUUUUUAUGGAUCAUUGUGCACUGGGGCGAGAGCAGUCCUUUCAGGGUAACACAUCGUGAAUUUUACGUUCACAACGAGAAACGUACAAUUUGCGAUAGUGCCAAUCUGAUUUUGUCAUGAAAAAGAUAUUAGCUUUCUUCUUUUCUUCUGUUUUUUUUUCUUUUUUUUUUAUAUUAAUAGCUGUAUUGUCGUUUAGAUAUCUGCGACGUUAUAUUAUAAAAGAUGUUAUAUUAUAGUAAGGCUACAGCAUAAUUAUUAAGCGUCAAUAGAUUUCUACAAUUGUAAUUUAAGAUGUAAUUUAAAUAAACAAUUUGACGGUAGAUGAACUUUAA